AGCGCCUCUACCACCACUACAGAACACUAUCUUGAGCUACAUCCGAGCUAUGAUCUUCAAUCGGCGUCGAUCAGCUGAUAUACUCGCCUGAAUCAGAUUUGAAUUUUUAUAGAUUUGCUGUCAUAAUUCUCUUCACGGGUCACUUUACUCUGCUUAUUCUCAUUUCGACGUCCCAUGGUGGCGAGGGCGAUUCCGGAUGGAUUGGCAGCUCCGACGUCGUCAGAAGAGCCCGGCACCUGAUAUGAUCAUUGAUGACUUGGCGAGAACGAUUUCUCUUCGAAAUCUCCAUGCGCGAUCUCGGGAUCUAAAUUGAACUCUGCGACUAUCGAUAAAUCUAGCAUAGAUCCUUAUGCUUAUCCUGGCCCCAUUUCUCGAUUCGCAUUGAGAACAUUUCCGGCUCGGUUUUAAAACGCUCCGCCUGUACCACUCGAGCUGCCAAAGAUGAGCAGUUUUCAGAAGUUCCUUACAAGACGCGAGCGACAUAGCAGAUAUAGCAAGCAUCUUAAGGAAGAGACAUCGAAUAUCCUCACCCGGCCUCUAUUUCGCGGUUUCUUCUCGUCACAAUCGGCUUCGGAAAAUGGCGACAACCAGAAUCAGAAGAAGAUAAAGCAACUUGAACGUCGCAUCGCACAACUUGGAAUCACCGAUUUGAAGGAAGAACAUAUCGGUUAUGCGUUGCAGUCAGCCCAUGCGCAGGGGGAUGUUGACAAGGCGUUCGAUUUGCUUCUUCUACUCGAGGACUCUAUCGAAGGGAUCAUCAGAGGAUAUACGCCCAGCACAAAACUUCUUGGAGCGGAAAACCGACAAGGUGUCACCUGCUACCUAGAUGCGCUACUCUUUGCUAUGUUCGCACGUCUCGAUUGUUUCGAACCCAUUCUGCACAAAUCCUUUGAAGAUGAACCCCGCCGGAAACUCGCAGUUUUACUAAGAUUUUGGGUCAAUAUGUUACGUUCUGGGAAGCUAAUAACGAAAGACAUGACAAAGUACCUGCAAGAUGCGCUUGCCGAGUGUGGUUGGAGGGAUGCCUCCACUCUUCGACAACAGGAUGCGUCCGAAGCAUUUACAUUUAUCACGGAGAAACUAGAGCUACCGCUGCUUACCUUGAAGAUGGACAUCUAUCACACCGGAAAGGAAGAUGCCAGCGGUGAUCACAAGUUCAUCAACGAGAGGUUAUUAGAAGUUGCGAUACCCGAACCGAUGGACGGGAAGACAGUCACAUUGGAGGACUGCCUGGAAUCCUACUUCAACAAUAAGAUUGAAGUAAAAAGACAUCUAGAGCGACGAAACACGACAAGGUCGGUAGAUUCAAUGUCAAAAGGCUUCACGGCACACAUUGAAGCUAUCGAAGUCGGCUCUACUGGGUCCUCACCAGUCCGGGGAUCUUCUCCCCGGCUGGAAGAUGUGACUCCCUUAACGUCAGUGACGGAGUCAAUAGAUGAGUCCGCCACAACUUCGUCUACUUUGGAUCGACGGGAUAGCAUCGUACAGGAGCGUUUCGUUCCUGAUUCAAGCGAAGAAGGAAAAAGCGACGAGGGAAAGAGUGAUAGUGGCAGUGGUUACAAUCAUACCCGGAAAGGUUCUUACAGAAAAGAGGUCAUGAUGCCAGCCUGGCAGUUUUUUAGCUUGAUACCGUGGUACACGGAUAAUACACCGAAGACCGACGCUCAGGUAGCGGAACAUAUCUCUGUGAAAAGACCUAUUCUCGGAAUGUGCUUGAAACGUUACUCAAUGCUUCCUAAUGGGAGAGCAGUUAGACGCAGCACAUUCGUUGAUAUACCAACUGAGAUUGGCUUACCCCAUUUCAUUCAAGAUGACAAUAUGGAUGACGAUGCUCCCAUAUAUGGUAAUUUUAAGCUGGCUUUACAGUCUCUAGUCUGUCAUCGUGGGAACUCCGUCGACUCGGGCCAUUAUAUAGCAAUCGUCAGAGGGACCAGUGCAGGGGCUGCCCCGGCCGUUUCCAAUGGUAAUGGUACUGAGCAGACAGUUUCGGAUGAUUCACGAUAUUGGAUGCGCUUUGAUGACUUGGCCGCGGAGCGGGUGACUCUAGUCGAUAUCGAACAGGCCUUGAAAAACGAGUCGCCGUAUCUGCUGUUCUACCAGAUCCUCCCUAUUGACGAAGAUGCCGCGAAGGCCAAUCUACAACACAAGGCUUCUUCCGAGUCUUCAGACGAUACCUUGGAAUCUGAUGCCGCUGGUAUCGCUCGAAGACUGAACGGCUUAUCUAUGGGGUCCUCCAAUGCCGAGGAGUGCACGGCUGGACGGCCCAGUUUUGAGAUCACCGCCCCGAUAGUCACGGAGACUGAAGUGGUUGACCAAAUCGGAGCGCCGCAGGGCUCCAUAUUCUCCAACACCGACCCUUCAACCCAAUCUGGGGGUCUCCACGUACACACCGCCUCUUCUACAUCACCAAAAAUUGCCCCGAAGGACAAAGAUGAAGAUGGAACGAGUUCGAAUCCCUUCUCAUUCUCCAGACGCGGUUCUCGGGUGAAAAGUAACCCUGGCAGCCGUGCCGGCAGCCAAAACAGCGAGAACCGAAUCAGUGCGACUUUCUCACGGUUCACCGGACGACUAAGCCGGGACAAGCUCAACAGUGAUGACCAGUCUACAGAAGGCGAUGGUGACGACUACGCGGUAGAAAAUGAGCUGGUUGGUUCGAACGGCGAGAAUUCCGCCAUUUCUAGCAAUGAAAGCAAAGAAAAAGAUAAAGAUAAGGAUAAGAACGCCCGGGGGCGGAACAAGGAUCGUGAUAGAUGGAGAGGAAAGGCCAAGGAUAAAACAAAAGAGAAGACGGGAAGACGGAUAGAGAGGGAAUGUGUUAUUAUGUGAUGACGAGGGUAAUCAGUGCCCCUGUCCCAUUCGUAUGACUGUACUUGCGGCAUUGGAGGUCGGAUUGAUAUGAUACCCAUGAAUAACGCCAAGAAAUAUGAACAGUUUCGGGUUAUUGGCGUUCCUUUAUACACAGCAUAGAGUAUUGACAUAGAUAGAAGAGCAUGUCACUAAUAUAAGCAUACAUCAGCACCGCGGUCAAUUAGGAUGUACUGUGUAGUAUACAAUUCGUCCAAGGGAUAUCGUUACGGA